GAAGAUAGAGGUCAUGAUGUUCACCGCGCUGCUGCUGCUGCUGCUGCUGCUCCUGCUGCUGGCCCUAGCCAGGCGGAGUUGGGGUGCCCAGGGCACUCGGACUCAGGGGGCCCUACCCCCGGGGCCGACGCCUCUCCCACUGCUUGGGAACUUGCUGCAGCUGGAGUCUCGACGCCUGGACCGUGCGCUCAUGGAGCUCUCUGGCCGCUGGGGCCCAGUGUUCACCGUGCGGCUGGGCCCGCGCCCUGCAGUGGUGCUGUGCGGCUACUCGGCGCUGCGGGACGCACUAGUGCUGCAGGCGGACGCCUUCUCCGGCCGCGGGGCCAUGGCGGUCUUCGAGCGCUUCACUCACGGAAACGGCAUCGUGUUUUCCAACGGGCUGCGCUGGCGGACGCUGCGCAAUUUUGCUCUGGGAGCACUUAAGGAGUUCGGACUGGGAACGCGGACCAUAGAGGAGCGCAUCCUGGAGGAGGCGGCUUGUCUGCUUGGCGAAUUUCAAGCCACCACUGGAGCACCGUUCGACCCCCGGCGGCUACUAGGUAAUGCUGUAUCUAACGUUAUCUGUUCCGUGGUCUUUGGGAACCGCUAUGGCUAUGAGGACCCAGAGUUCCAGAGACUCCUGGACCUCUUCAAUGACAACUUCCGCAUCAUGAGUUCCAGAUGGGGCGAGAUGUACAACGUUUUCCCCACCCUCCUUGACUGGCUCCCGGGCCCACACCACCGAAUCUUUCAAAACUUCACGGAACUUCGUGUCUUCAUCUCUGAGCAAAUCCAGCGGCACCAGCAGACGCGACAGCCUGGGAAGCCCCGCGAUUUCAUCGACUGUUUCCUCGAUCAGAUGGAUAAGGAGCAGAAUGACCCUGAGAGCCAUUUCCAGGAAGAGACGCUGGUAAUGACGACGCACAACCUUUUCUUCGGUGGCACAGAGACCACGAGCACCACUCUGCGCUACGGGCUCCUCAUUCUGCUUAAGUACCCAGAGGUGGCAGCCAAAGUGCAGGCCGAGCUGGAUGCUGUGGUAGGUCAGUCGCGCACCCCAAGGCUGGGGGACCGUGAGCACCUGCCCUACACCAACGCCGUGCUGCAUGAGAUUCAGCGCUUCAUCAGUGUGCUGCCAUUGGGGCUGCCACGUGCCCUCACGCGUGACACCCACCUGCAUGGCUACUUCCUGCCCAAGGGUACCUUUGUGAUUCCUCUGCUUGUGUCUUCACAUCGGGACCCCACCCAAUUCAAAGACCCAGACUGCUUCAACCCCACGAAUUUCCUGGACGACAAGGGCGAGUUUCAGACCAAUGAUGCCUUCAUGCCCUUUGCCCCAGGUCUGGGCCAGGAGGGAGGGGACAAGGCUGGGCAGGCCCCAGGGUGCCUGGUUCCCACCCUGCAUCCCUGUGUCCUCAGGAAAGAGGAUGUGCCUGGGAGCAGGCCUGGCGCGAUCGGAGAUCUUCCUCUUCUUUACCGCCAUCCUGCAGCGGUUCUGUUUGCUCCCAGUGGGGAACCCUGCCAACAUCGACCUCAGCCCACAGUGCACUGGCCUGGGCAACAUCCCCCCAGCCUUCCAGCUCCGUCUGGUGGCCCGCUGAGGGCAGGCUUAGCUGCCCUCUGUUCACUGGCUCCCAGACCUCCUUACCCCGUCUGGUCAAUAAAGGCCCUUAACUGCAGAUGGACGGGUCUCCUUACCAGUAAGUGGAAGCAGGAGAAUCAGAGGAUUGCAGCUCUGAGGUAAACUUUUAUUUCUUUCUUGGCUGACAGGACUCUUCACGCCCAUGCUCCUCCUGGCACCUUUUCUCCUGCCCACACAGUGGCAGCCUAGUCCACAGGUGCCAUGGCCACAGGGGUUGGGGAGUCACUUCACAUUCCAGGCUGGAGGAGUGGGGGGCUUGGGGCUACUGUCCCCCCAACAAACCUUUGCCAGCAAGAGGCCAUGACACCCCCAACCCCCAAUCCUGCAUCCUGGUGGGAGGUGGCAAUGCCUCCUUCCAACUCUCCACAUAAGAGGAGCACAACCAGACAGGGCAAGCCACAGGGCCCCAGCUCCAGUGAUGGCAGCUCCCGACACUGGCCCCUGCCCGGGUCACCACCUCAGCCCCCAACCCAGGGCAGCAGAGGUUUCUCCUCCUCCUUGGUCCUCAGCGUCAGACGGAGCCCUCCACACCAGGCAGGACAGAGGCAAAGCUGGAAGCAGCAGCGGUGGCAGAAAAGGAGCAGGCACCAAGACUGGUGGGCUGCUGGGCCUGCAGCACGGGGCCAAAGGCUCUCCCGAAGUCAGGGCAAGCUGUCUGUCCAUGCAGCUCUGGGGCUGGCCCCUAGGUGGGCGUGGUCGGCUGUGACACGGGUACUUGCACACCUUUCUGUCCAGAUGCUAGGGGUGAGACAAGGAGACAGUCAUGAGGGAAGGGACACAGAGGCCAAGAAAAACAUGGAAAUAUGGAGAGGACCACAAGGGAUGGGGCUCAUGCCAGGGGUCCCAGGAGAAAGGGCUGUCUAGGGGAGAUGGGCAGAGGGGAGGAAAAAAAAAAAAAGACUCACAAAAUGUAGGAAGAGAAUGAUAAAGCGAAUAAAGGGACUUGAGGCCUUGUGAGGUACACAGACUAUAGGAAGGGCCUGAGAGAAGGGAUGCCAUUUGGGAAGCAGGUACCUAGCUGAUACUUGUCUUUGGCCGCUGCCCGCUCCUUAGCAUCAAAAUACCAGACAGUGAUGGCGUACCUGGGGACCAGAGCAGCCCCAAAGGGCAGUUAGGGAUCACUGUUCAAUUCCAGCCACCACCUCCACGAUGACACUGCAGUCCACCCUUCUGAGCUUGGUUCUAUUCCCGCCUAGGCCCCUCUCAGCACUUCACUUCCUAGCCACUCCUGGGGUCUGACAAGACUUUGUUGGCACAGAGCAGGACACCUGAGCACAUCCCCACAAGUAUCCGUCAUACCUGGUGGCAUAGGCUGGUUUCACCUCAUGAGGGUUCCGCCGAUCAGACCAGAAAAUGAGCAACCGAUCAAAGAGUGGUUCGAUGUUGGCAACCACAGGCCGGCCCUCAGGGAAGAUCUGCAGCAGGCCGCCAUGCACCUGAGGGCAGGCCAGAGGAUGAGGCAGGAAGCUGGCUGGUCCAGCCUGGAGCUUCUGCCUUGCCCUCUGGAGCCCAUGCUCUGGAUGCCGCAGCUGCUCAUAUCACUCCCUCCCACCACUCAGGCUCUUAAUAGUGAGUGACAGCCCAGAGUCUGCAUCACCAAGGAGCAGGGUAGGAAGCUACUAGAGACAGGAAAAGGGAUUGGGGGGUGCUGCCAGCAGCCGGUCAGCUGGAGACAAGGAGGCCCACUUCCCAGGAAGAACCAGCCAGCAGGCUGGCUGCACUGCCCCGUUGUGGCUGAGAACAGGAAUGGGAGAAUGCUAGAAACUGAGCUGGGAGUGCAAAAAGGAGUGCAUGCAACCACCUCACCCUGAUCCCCACCCUCACUCCCACUCCCACCCCCUACCUUGACGUCCCAGUUCUGAUUCAGGUAAUAGAUACAGGUGAUGCAGCGCCCAUCGCCGUGGGGAUUGUCAACAUGCCUCACGUACCCCAGCCCGUUGCCUGGGUAACACGCCACCAUAGCCUGGCAGAGACAGAUGGGAAUGGGUUUACGGGGCUAGGCAAGGACGUUUGGGGAAGCAGCCAUUACCUCCUCUCUCACCCCUCCCAGCCCCUUCUCUCUCCCUGGACACUGCCAAAGGCUUCUCCAGGCGCCAGACCUUCAUCAGCCAAGCCACCAUCUACCAGAAACAGCUCUUGGGCCUUGAUAGCCCACUACAUGACUGCACAUGAGGACACUUUUGUAUUUUCAAAUUGUCAUCACCAAAGAAAAGGUGGUGGUCAUUACACACACACACAUACACACACACACCCGUGCACAUUGCACCCCAGAUCCUGGCACCCAGAUGGGGCUCAAUGAGUAACUCAGGGUUUUAUUUUUUAAAGAUAACCCAACCUCCCCCUACUUCAGACCCAUCAGAAUAAAACCAGUGUACAUAUUUUCUGGUAAGGAGGGAUGUGGCCUCAUAGCCCUGCACCAGGGGUUCUUCACCCUGGCUUCAGUAUGGGAUCACCUGGGAUGCUGAUGCCCAGGCCCAUCUCACAUUCAGAAAUACCUGAUCUAAGGUAGAACCUGGAAUUUUUAAAGGUUCCCCAAAUAAUUCUAAUGUGCAGCAAUGCUGAGAACUGUUGCCCUUGACUACAAAGAAUCCCCACUAAAUAACUUCUGUGAAUCCUACAAACAAGUACCAAAACCGUGAAUGUGACUAAAACCUGACCCUCUAGCCCCCACUCCAAGGAUAACUGCUGGGUAGUUCUUGACCGUCCCAUCACCUGAAUGGGCCGCAAACGCCUCAUCCAUUAAAUAGACUAAUAAACACCUCCUCUGAGAACAGCCCUCUGGAGAUUCCUGACUCCCCCAGACCGUGGCCAGUGUGUGUACAGGUCUAGCCGCAGGGUUCUGACUUCCUCUCCCUGCUGGCUGCCAUCCCCCUGGACUAUGUGGAGGCCUGGGCCUCAGCUGCUCAUGGGGCCUGUUUUUCAUCGGGGAGCCAACAGAAAAGUGGAUGUGGGGUGAGGGAAAGGGUCCAGGCGUUCCUUCAGCCCUAACUCCCAGGUUCAAGGCCCAGGGCAGCCACAUCGGCUGUAACAUCAUGCUGGAGACUUUGCUUCCGGUCUCCGGUUCCUCAUCUGUGAAAUGGAGCUGAUAAACUAUUUCCCAGGCAGUUGUGGGAAUUGAGUACGACAAACGUUUGGGAAGGCACCAAGCACAGUGCCUGCCAUGUGACUGAAAGCCAAAGCGCAGGCUGAAAUGAUGUUUAAAAAAAAAAAAAAAGUCCUUGUUCUACUCUUUGUCUAAGCCACUUGGGAGGGCUGCAUAAGGCCAAA